CGUUGGCCCCUAUGCUCCUCGUCUGUGGGGCAUCGACGGCUGUGGAUGACUUGAGAAAUGGUACGACCAGUGACUUUCCACCGAUAAAUUACACGCACGUCGGCGAAAAUGCAAAUUCGGUGGAGUACAAAGUUCAGACCGAAGCCAAUCACGCGAGUUCCAUGAAAGCACUUUAUGCCCUCACCAAUGGAUUCAUUGAUCUGAUUCAAGGCAAAGAGGCACUUCCCGAGGGUUUCAUCGACAUAAAUGAGAAUAACAUCAUCGAAGUCAAGUGGAACACCGGCAAACUUUUGAAGCACUACGGCUUCUUGACCGCAUUGUCGAUAGUUUUACUGGUACUGGCUGUGAUCCUUCCCUUCAUCGGUUGCUGCGUUUGUCGCUGCAUCUCCCGGAAGAACCGAAAGUACAGCAAAAACCAGCGCCUCCGCAAAAACCUGCUGGUCCUGGCACUGCUUUUGGUGUUGGUGCUGAUGGUGUUGGGCCUCUCCUUUGCGACACUUUCCAGUUUGGCUGUGCGGAGGGGUACUCGUGAAUUGCCCGACCACUUGGACAAUGCCACGGAAGAUCUUCAGGUGUACAUUACCAGCAUCACUGCCGAAGGGGAGAUGUUCGUGCAGCAGAACUUGCAAAAGCUCGUGAAAGAACUUGCGUCAAUAAUAGUCAAUGGCAGUGAGUCAGCAAAUGGUAAAUUAAAAGAGUUUCCAGGAAUCGUCAUUUUUGAGAACAUCAAUAAUAUGGUAUUAGACCUUGGCUAUAUGAGAGAUAAUCUGAGGUUUGUGGUCCAAGUGUUUCAUAACCUUAAAAAUAAUGUUACGGAAAUCGACGAAGAACUUUCAAGAUUUUGUGAAAAGUUAAAUACAAUUAGUCCCACUAUUGAAAAGCAGUGUUGGGAUAAACAUAAAAUUACAAGUGGCAUUAAAGGAAAACUUAAAGAAGUGUCCUUGAAAGAUGUUAAAUACGCUCAGAGAGAAAUAGAGAAGCUGUUUAACAACAAAGAAGUUAUGGCAAAUGUAGACAAGAGGAAAGAAAAGUUGAUGGAAUUUGAGGCCAAAAUCCAGCAAAAGACCAGCCAGUCCAUAUCAGAAGUUCGAGGCAAAGUUGAGGGGGCACGUAAACGUAUCUUCGAGCUGAUCCAAUACGAGACUAAAAUACUAAACAAAACUCUUUUGGAAACCAAAUCUCUUGUAAAGGAUAAAAUGCUCGACAUUAACAAGUACUCGGUUUAUUGGUACAUUGUUGGUCUCGUUGUUUGUGCCACCAUAUUCCUGAUGUCCAUACUGGUACUUCUUGGGGCCAUUUUCACGGUGUCAAAACCAGAUAGUCACAACGGCUGCGGAUUCUAUCUAUUGUCAACGUAG